CGCACAUUUGUUCGACGAUCGCAAAUAUGUCGCUCUCGAACGCCAAGUUCCCGCUAGAUAUGAGCAAGCUGCAGAAGUUGCAGCUUGAUCCGUCGUCCCCCAAACUGACUGCCGAACAAAAGUCUGCAUUGAAACACAACAUUCAGCUUAUGCGCGAUGCGAUCGUGCUCUUCACCGCGACUGGUGCAGCACGCGGCGUGAGCGGGCACACUGGUGGUGCCUUCGACACUGUACCCGAGGUGAACUUGCUUCUUGCUCUGUUCAACACCUCGGACAAGUACGUCCCUAUCCUCUUCGAUGAGGCCGGUCACCGUGUCGCGACCCAGUACCUUGUUUCCGCGCUCGAGGGCCAUCUCCCUUGGGAGCACCUCCUUCACUACCGUGAGGCCAACUCGAAGCUCCCCGGACACCCGGAGCUUGGCCUCACCCCUGGUGUGAAGUUUUCGUCCGGCCGUCUUGGCCAUGUCUGGCCGUUCGUGAAUGGCGUUGCCCUGGCCAAUCGCGACAAGACCGUGUUCCUCCUCGGAUCCGACGGUUCCCAGCAAGAGGGCAACGAUGCUGAGGCUGCCCGUCUGGCCGUCGCACAGAACCUUAACGUCAAGCUGCUCAUUGACGACAACGAUGUAACCAUCGCUGGCCACCCGUCUGAGUACUUGAAGGGCUACGAUAUUGGCAAGACUCUUGCUGGUCAUGGCCUCAAGGUCAUCACCGUCAACGGAGAGGAUGUCGACGAGCUCUGGUCUGGUCUUGUAGAGAUUAUCCAACAUCAGGGUCCUGCUGCUAUCAUAUCCAAGCGGAAGAUGGCUCCUGGCGUUCCUGACAUUGAGGGUAGCCCUCAUGGCCACGAUGUCAUCCCCGUAAAGGGCGCACUGAAGUACUUCGAGAAACGCGGUUACCCUGAGGGCUUCGGGGCGGACAUACUGAAUAGCAUUAAGCCUUACGCGUUCCCGUACCUCUAUAUAGGCUCUUCCAAGGAGCUCGGUGCUAACCGUGUUGUCUUUGGUGAGGCCGUCAACCUUGUCCUUGACAAGCUGUCCAAGGAGGAGGCUGCGAAGAAGGUCUUGGUCAUCGACAGUGAUCUCGAGGGCUCGACCGGUUUGAAGGUCAUCCACCAGAAGCACCCUGAAGUCUUCGUUCCCUCCGGUAUCAUGGAGCGUGGCAACUUCAGCGCUGCGGCCGGUUUCGGUUUCGAUGCCGACAAGUAUGGUGUCUUCUCGACCUUCUCCGCCUUCCUGGAAAUGGUUGUCUCUGAAAUUACGAUGGCACGCCUGAACUUCUGCAAUGUACUCUGCCAUUUCUCGCACUCAGGAGUCGAUGAGAUGGCCGACAACACUUGCCAUUUCGGCAUCAACUCAUUCUUCGCCGACAACGGUCUUGCCGACACCCAAUCGUGGUUGUACUUCCCCGCGGAUGCCGCCCAAAUGGUCGCGGUCAUUAAGCGCGUGUUCUUCGACAAGGGCAUCCGCUUCGUCUUCUCCACUCGCUCCAAGGUGCCAUGGAUCCUCAAGGAGGACGGCUCCAAGUACUUCGACGAGAACUACGAGUUCGUCCCGGGCAAGGAUGAGAUCAUCGCCGAGGGCACCGCCGGCUACGUCGUCUCGUACGGCGACAUGCUCUACCGCUCGUGGGACGCCGUCCUCCGCUGCAGGCAGGAGGGCCUUGACGUCGGUCUGAUCAACAAGCCGACGCUCAACCUCGUCGACGAGCAGGUCAUCCGCAAGAUUGGCGCAAGUCCCUUCGUCCUUGUCGUCGAGUCAUUGAACCAGAAGACCGGCCUUGGUUCCAAGUUUGGUACUUGGCUCCUUGAGCGUAGCCUUACCCCUCGCUACGGUUACAUGGGCAGCAACAAGGAGGGCUGCGGUGGGCUCACGGAGCAAAUCCCUCACCAAGGGCUCGAUCCUCAAUCCAUCAUCAAGCGCAUUCGGGAGCUCUCGCAGUAGUUGGGGCAGACGUCCUGUUCAGUGCUUGUGCAGGUGUACGAUACGCUUUGGCAGAAGUAAUAGGAAAGCUGUACACGCAGGGUACCUUCAUAGACGACGUGACAAAUGUGAGAUGUAUUGUUUUU